CGGCUGGCGGGCGGCUCGGCGCGGCUCGGCGGCGAUGGCGGGGGGCGGGCCGGGCGCGGGGCGCUGGGGGCGGCGGGGCGCGGCGACCAUGGCGGCGGCGCUGGCGCUGGCCGUGGCGCUGGCCCUGGCCUGCCUGCUGCUGCGGGCCGCGAUGGUGGGCGCGGCGGCGCUGGGCGCGGCGGGGGCCUGGUGCGCGAUGCGGCCCGGCCCGCCCGCGCCGCGCCCGCCCGGCAAAGCCGCCGCUAACGGGGGCCCGUCCGCCGCCUCGGGCCGGCCCGUGAGGGCCCCGCCGCGCCGCCUCGGCCUGGGGGCCCCGCCGGCCGCCCCGCUCUGCUCGCCGCAGGCCCCGCGUCGCCGCUACCCGCUGCCGCAGGCCCGGAGCGCCGUGCCGGUCGGUCUGCCCGCCGCCCGCUGGGAGGGCUGCUCGCCCAGGAGCAUGCCCUGGGCUCGCCGGGCCGGCCCGUUCCGCAGCCCGGUCACCGUGAGGAUCGCCCAGCCGGCCGCCGGCCUGGCCCGCUCCCCAGCCCUGGAGCAGCUGAUCUCACCUGUGGCCUUCCCGGCCGACAACAGCCUGGACCCAUGUGCAAAAGAGACCGUGCUGAACGCCAUCAAGGAGAGCAGGAAGAGGGCUGUGGAGGAGGAGGAGGAGGAGGAAGAGGACCAGGCUUUUGGGAACGAUCAGGAGAGCAAGAGGAGGCGCCACGAUAGCAGUGGAAGUGGGCAGUCGGCGUUUGAGCCACUGGUAGCCAACGGUGCCCCCGCCUCUCUCAUACCCAAGCCUGGCUCUCUGAAGAGGGGCCUUGUCUCACACUGCCCGGAUGACUGCUCAAACAAGAGGUCACGCACCUCUUCCAUGAGCUCCCUGAACAAUACGUACGCUGGUGGGAUCCCCAGCUCCAUCCGCAAUGCCAUCGCCAGCUCCUACAGCUCCAGCCGGGGCCUCUCACAGCUGUGGAAGAGAAGUGGUGUGAGCAUGUCCUCGCUGUCCAGCCCAGCAUCCUCCCGCUCCCAGACACCAGAGUGGCCUCUCAAGAAAGCCAGGGAAGAGGAGAUGCAUCGCUCCAAUGCUUCCACUCCGGUGAAAUCGGACAAGGAGCUGCAGACAGAGAAAGUGGCGGAGACGCCGGUGCGGAAGAAGCAGAAUUCCCUGAGCCCGCCGUCCACGUCAGAGAGCAGUGGGAAACGCAAGCGGAAGAUCCAGUUGCUGUCGUCUCGCCGGGGAGACCAGCUGGCGCUGCCCCCACCGCCUCAGCUGGGCUACUCCAUCACGUCGGAGGACCUGGACGCGGAGAAGAAGGCAGCGUUGCAGUGGUUCAACAAAGUGUUGGAGGAUAAGGCUGUAGACGCAGUCCCCAGCACCACUGCAGAGACUACUCCCAUGGCCAGGCCGCUGGCGUUCGCCGUGACCUCCCCGGGGCCUGUGCCUGCCUCGACAGCUCCUGCCGCGGCCACCACCAACUCACUCCUGGACAGCCUGAAGAAGAUGCAGAGCAGCCAGGCUGCACCCACGCCAGCAGACUCCACUGGAGCUGUGGUAGCGUCCCAGCCUCCUGCGUCAGCUGCACAGCCGCCCGCUCCUGCUGUAUCGCUGGAGUCGAGUUCUCUGCCUGCCACCUCUGCUGACACCAAGCCUGUGCCCAUGUUGAGCACCCCUGCCUCCACUGCCCCCCCUGCCUUGGGGGCGCAGAUCUCCAGCAGCCUGGCACCUGCUGCGUUCACGGAGCUGGGCCAGACCCCCAGCAAGCCUCCCUCCUUCCCAAAGCCGAGCGUCCUUUUCGGGAUGCUGAACACUUCUCCUGCCAGCCAGCCGGCAACAACCACAGCCACUGCUGUGCCCACCACGACCGCUGCUGUGCCCACCACCACCCCCGUCUUCAAACCCAUCUUUGGCGCUUUGCCGAAAAGCGAGAGCACAGCACCCUGUACGACUGUUGUCUCCGCCUCGAUCACUGUGCCUGCGAGCUCAGGCCCUUCCUCAACAUCGUCCACCACCACCAUGUUCAAGCCUAUUUUUGGCAGCAUCACAGCAGCUUCAUCUCCAGCAAAGGUGUCUCCCUUUGCCUUCAAACCAACGUCACAGCCGGCCUCGGCCACGGAUCUGCCAGCAGCCUCCACGACUACCCUGGCAGGAUUCACAGGUCUCCCCAACGUCAUCUUCACCACCGCAGCUACGACUGCCACCACGCAGAGUUCCUCCACGGAUGCCACCAUUAAACCUGUCUUCAGCUUUGGACUCAACCCGCCUGCCUCCACCAGCGCCGCCAGCCUGGCCGUCACCACUGCCAUGUCCACCAGCACAUCGCAGCCCUUCCUGUUCGGCAGCCUGGCCAGCUCGGCUCCCACCACAGAAACCAGCUUUGCCACGCCAGGGCCUGUGUUCCAGUUUGGAAAGCCACCUCCAGCCACAGUCGCUGCCACCACCACUGUCCCAGGAGGUCCUGCCUUUGGCCAAGCACCUUCAAACUCGACAGCUCCUACCACUACUGUGGGCUUUAGCAUAUUUGGAGGCACCAUGCUGACGUCUUCUGCCCCGGCCACCACAGGUCAAGCGACGUUGACGUUUGGCUCCUCCAUUUCAGCUUUUGGCAGUUCCUUCAGCACAAGCGCGAAGCCCCCGCCAUAUCCUGGUGCAGCGAGUCAGCCUGCCUUCAGCGCUGGCACUGCGGAGAGCCAGCCGCCCGCCAGCAAGCCCGCUGCCGGCCCCGUCAGCUUUGGCCCCACGUUCAGUUUUGGAGCCCCUGCAGCCCAGUCCACAGCUCAGCCGGCAUUUGGCGGCGGUGCUCUGCCAGCCUUUGGCACAACCAGCGCCCAGGGCUCCUUUGGCACCAGCAGCACCCAGGCGGCAUUCGGAACCACCACAUCGGUCUUCUCUUUUGGGACAGCCACCUCCACCACCACCAGUUUCGGUUCCACUACCCAGACCACAAGCAGCAGCACCGGCACCGCUGUCUUCGGCACCACACCUUCUCCCUUCACCUUCGGGGCAACCGCCCAGCCAGGCCCCUCCGCCAGCGCCUUCGGGAUCGGCACACCCGCCCUGAGCAGCGGCUCCCCUGCCGUGGGGUUCAGCUUCGGGGCUGGGCAGAGCGGGGCAGCCCCGGCCGCAACACCAUUCGGCUCUUCCCUGACGCAGAGCGCGCUGGGUGCGCAGAAUCAGAGCGCGCCCUUCGCCUUCACCGUGCCUAGCACACCUGACAACAAGCCUGUGUUUGGAGGAACUCCUGCGCCCACCUUUGGGCAAAGCACGCCCGUCCCAGGAACAGUGGGGAGCGGAAGCAGUAGCCUUUCCUUCGGGACGCCCAGCGCUCCUGCCUCGGGCUUUGGAGGAGUCGGCACUUCCUUUGGUUCAUCCACCCCCGCCUUUUCCAUCGGGGCAGGAUCCAAGACAGGCGCUCGCCAGCGGCUGCAGGCACGGAGACAGCACACCCGCAAAAAGUAACCUCCGACGCUGCUGGGCCCCCGCCGCCCGCCUGCACGAGGAGCCCCUGCGCCAGCACGUGUGGGGGGGCUCUGGUCUAGAGCGGUCCCCAAGGUGGGACCGGUGGUGGCGGGGCCAGGCCCCCGUCUCUGCUGCCAGCCAGAGACCGUGCUGGGUGGCAGCAACUGGGGUGGGCCAGGAUAAACCAAACUCUUCUUACUUGAACAGUUCCACAGCCAAGGCUGGAUGAACCUCUGUACAUAUCUGCAGCGUUUCCUCCCUCACUUUAUUUUGCCAUGUUUCAUAACGUGUAAAUUUUUCCCCAGUUGCUUCUUCUAGCUGUCCCUGUGCCCUCCUCCCCAGCCCCGUGGCACGGCAGCCAGCAGAGCCGCACGUCCCUGCUGAGAGCCCACCAGGAGACGUGCCACGGUUCCGGGCUGCUGAAGGAUGCCGUCUUCACCAGGUCCCGAAACCUUUCCCCAUUGUUUCAUCCCGUGGCUUGGUGAACACGCUUUCUCCGGAGGGCUCUGCUCCGUUGCCGUCCCUGCAGAACAUGAGCCGGGGUGGGUUAGUGCCAGCCUGGCGUGGGUGCGAGCGUCUCGGUGCCAAGGGCGACUGACCUGGCUUCUGCAGCCGGGUGACGACCCCCUCGCUGUGACUUAAUCUCCCAUCAGACCUCCAGCCGAGGACAGGCCGUAGCCUGGGACCUCGGCUGGAGGCACGGGGUGGAGCUGGGGGUCCCUCCACCCCUCUCCUGGCCACCGAGUGGCCCCCCCGGCCCUUGCUGCUCCCCGCCGGGCUGCGGGCUCCCCCCGCCCCGCUCGUGUAAAUCCCCCCUCUGUUUUGCUUUAUUCGUGCUCCUGUUUUGAUGCGCUCAUUGAAUCGAGUUUGGAGGAAGAACUGAACCGUGUGCGUGGCGGCAUGUUGGUUAUGCCGGAUUUGCUGUUUGGAGUUUCUUUUUUUGGGGGGGCGCCCGUCCCUUUGCGGGGGACGCGCCCCGGCUAAUUGGGUGUUGACAGUAGCAUCACUGCGUGGCUACUCGCGCUGGGUGAGUUGUCCUUUGUCGUCGUGACUGAAAGAAAGGCAGCCGGGGUGGGGGGGAUGGGGCCUGGACCCCCAGGCACGGGGGCUCCAGCCCUGGCAGUCUCUCCCCUCCCUUUCCCUCUCUCCUGGUGCCCCUUCCCCACCUCGGGGUGCUCUGGAGCCACUAACUCCUUCUGUCCAGAGCAGAUGGGUUUCCCCACACACCCCACCCCCCCCCACCCCCCCAAAUCCAAAUUGUUUUUUCAUUUUUAGCUCAUACCCGUCCUUUUGGGUUUUACCAGCUCAUAGGAGCUACGGUGCUGCCUCCCCUUUUCCCAUCCAGCCAGCAGCAGGGCCCUUCCCCUGCCUGGAGCUCCUGCGGGGAGAGACUGCUGGAGCUGGGGGUCACCUGAGAGCUGCCCCCCACCCUGCCCCGGGCAAGGGACGAGCCCCCCUGCCCGUGGGCUCCCCACCACUUCCAGGAGUGCUUUGCUGCCGAGUUUUUUACUCUCCGAGCCGUGUGAGUGUGUGUGUCUGCCGAAGUCUAAAUUAAAAAAAAAAAAAACCACAAACAAAUAUUUAAACGUUUUUUAACAAAAUAAAAAUUUAUUUUUAUAUUUAAGCUAAAUUGCCUUUGAAUUCCUUCAAGCUUGGUUCAGUGAGGUUGCCAGACCCCGCAGCGCUGUUGGUAGAGUUUAGCUGUGCCGUCACAGUCCAGUGAGGAGCUGGCCCAUGUCCGGCUCUGCCUGCAGGACGUAGCUGUGCUGGGGAAAGGCAGCUACGUCCCGCGGGCUCUGCUGCUGCAUGCUCCUCCUGGCCUGUAACAACAUCUCCUUAAUUUUAAAAUGUGAUGUAUGUGGAUGUGACUAAACCUUAUGUUUCUUUUUUUUUUUUUUUUUUUAUUUCUCUGAGGAUGAGGAGCAGGAGCUCUUGCGCGUUACGGUGAUGAGCGGUUGUCUUGUCAGCCAGGAACGAGCCGUCCCUCCCAGCGGGCGUGAGGUGCCCGGGCUCUGUGCGGGGCAGAGGAGGUGUGGGCAGGCACCUGCUGCCGGUGCGGGCAGGGGGUUUGUAGCCUCUGCCACCGGCACGUCCGAGGGGGCACAGCGGGCUGUCCGAGCAGGGGUGUCCUUGGGAUUGGAGAAAGCAGCUGCCAAGGGGUCAGCAGGGGUGAGGGCUGACCCUGCUGCUACCUCCCUCUCCCUGUGCAGGGGCUGGGCCAGGAGCCCCCCCACUCCCCAGCCCCCGCAGGUGGUGGCAGGGGGCAGGACAGCAGCUCGGGGGCCUGGCCAGCCCAGCUCUGGGCAGGACCCAUGGGGAUGCACAGGGUGAAGGUGAGGGCACCCCGGGGAGCCCCCUGGCUGGCGCUGCCCUGUGUAGGGCCCGGAGCCAGGCCGCAUCCCUUCCCCCCGCACAGACCCUGGGUGGCUGGGCGGGGGGAGGCUGGGUUUUAACUCAGACAAGACUUGGAUCAUUCCUGGUGUGGCUGAUGAGGAUUUUAGUGUGAAUGUGCAAUUUUUUUUCCUUGCUUCUUAUGUCCCUGGUUUAAAAUAAAAAAAAAA